GAGGCCGCGCGCAGGCGCGGGGCGGUGCAAGGCGGGCUGGGGCGGGAAACGCGCGCCCGCGCUGGAGCCCGGCCAGGCCGCGCGGCGCCGCAGCAGACAUGAAGGUCAUCACUUGUGAAAUAGCGUGGCAUAAUAAGGAGCCUGUUUACAGCUUAGAUUUCCAACAUGGAGCUGAUGGGAAGAUCAAUCGACUGGCCUCAGCAGGUGUGGACACAGCCGUUCGUAUAUGGAAAGUAGAAAAAGGGCCAGAUGGAAAAGCAAUUGUGGAAUUCUUGUCCAACCUUGCUCGCCAUACCAAAGCAGUAAAUGUUGUGCGCUUCUCUCCAACUGGUGAGAUCCUAGCAUCUGGAGGAGAUGAUGCUGUUAUUUUAUUGUGGAAGCUGAAUGAUAGCAAAGAAUUGGAACCAUUAGUUUUUCAGGAUGAAGAUGAAGCUCACCUUAACAAGGAGAACUGGACAGUCAUUAAAACUUUAAGAGGCCACCUAGAAGAUGUAUAUGAUAUUUGUUGGACCUCAGAUGGAAAUUACAUGGCAUCUGCUUCUGUAGAUAACACAGCUAUAAUGUGGGAUGUCAAUAAAGGACAGAAGGUUUCAAUAUUAAAUGAACACAAGAGUUAUGUCCAAGGAAUAACCUGGGAUCCUCUAGGCCAGUACAUUGCAACUCUGAGUUGUGAUAGGGUCCUGCGGGUGUACAACACGCAAACCAAGCGUGUUGCAUUCAACGUUACCAAGUUGCUGUCCGGAUCAGGAGCUGAAGGAGAGGCUAGGAGCUAUCGGAUGUUUCAUGAUGACAGCAUGAAGUCAUUUUUCCGCAGGCUCAGUUUUACUCCUGAUGGCUCCUAUUUACUCACGCCAGCUGGCUGUGUUGAAUCGGGCGAAAAUGUAACAAACACCACAUAUGUUUUCUCCAGAAACAAUCUUAAAAGGCCCAUGGGUCACCUGCCAUGUCCUGGAAAGGCAACUCUUGCUGUUCGCUGCUGCCCAGUCUACUUUGAGUUGAGACGAGCAUUUAAUAAAGAUGAAAUCAGUCAGAAAUCAUCUCCUGCUCUAUUUAAUCUGCCCUAUCGAUUGGUGUUUGCUGUUGCUUCAGGAGAUUCUGUGCUUUUUUAUGAUACUGAGCAGUCCUUCCCCUUUGGUUAUGUUUCUAACAUCCAUUAUCACACCCUGAGUGACAUUUCAUGGUCCAGCGAUGGAGCCUUUCUUGCUAUUUCUUCCAUGGAUGGAUACUGUUCAUUUGUUACCUUUGAGAAGGAUGAACUGGGAAUAGCACUGAAGGAGAAGCCACAGAUAAAUGUCAGGACUUCUGGUGCAACAGAGAAGAAAGUGAAAAAGAGCCAGUCGCACAAAGUCAUUUCCCCGGGCUCUAAGCUGACAGAGGGGACUCCUCCUGGCAGGGUCACCGAUCCCAGCACUCCCACCCUCCAACCUAGAACACCUACAGCUGUCGGUAAGGACUUGCCUUCCACACCUGUAAGCAUAAAAAAUGUUCCAGUCUCAUCUUCAGACGAGAGGAAAAUCAGCCAGUCAGCCAGCCAGAGCACUAAAGUAAACCAGCCCAGGAGGAUUACUCUCAACACUUUACAAGCAUGGAGCAAGACGCCAAGGAGAGUAAACUUGAUUCCACUGAAGCCAGAUAUGACAACCUCUGCAUAUACAGAUACAGUUCUUAUACCUCCUUCCUCAGAACGGGAACGUGAGAGGCCGUUACCAUCUGAUGACAGUCUUCAAAAUCCUCCAGCAUCGAAACGACCUAGAACUGAGGAAUUGUCUCUUUCUACAUCUGCUGAAGGUCAAGUCAGCUGGAAUUCAAACAAAUAAAGGCUGAGCUUUUAAUAGACUCUUCACAGUCUGAAGGCAAUCCAGCCAUAUCUGAGAGUACAUUUAUUUUGCAAAUGUUAAAUCCUCAAUUCCUGAUUAAAGUACCAUACGCAUAUUUGACGUAGUGCUGUGAAGAAAGAAACUGGCAGUAGAAGACACAGAUUUCAGGAAUGUAGCUUUGCAGAAGAGGAAAUAGUUGGGAAGUGACUUCUAAGUGCGUUUCUACUUCUUGAAGACAGCAUUCUUCAAGAAAUGCCACAGCUUAAGGAAAUCAGGGAAAUCUGGAUAUUAAAAAGCCAUACAGUAACCUAAAAGUCUCCAUCAAAGUCCCUAAGUUGAUGUUUAUAAAGUAUUGUAUCUUCCAGUAACCUGUCUGGCUGAAGAAUAGAAUUUCUAAGGACUUAAAUGCAUUCAUAAUGAUUUAAUGUGGUUUAAGACAAAAAAAAACCAAAACGUUUUAUUCAAGUAUCUUGGCUUAUAUGUUUAGCAGUGUGCAAAAUAAUUCAUGCUGUCCAGUACAUGUGGAAUGGAAGCUGAUGUUCACAUGCUCUGAAUGCAGCAGCGUACAAUAUGACUGAUAUGACUGAAACAUAAAUCAGAACUUGUAACUGCAAGAAACAAGAAAGCAAAAGGAAGAAACCAUCUGAAGACCUGUUAUAAGCAUUAAACAGCAGAAGGAAGUUCUUAAUUGUUUAUUUUCUGUGUUUAAAAAAAAAAGCAGACAUGAGAUUUUCCUGAGGCGGCAGUAUUUGAGCGUAUGCAUCAGAAGUUUUCGCCCAUUUUUCCAAAUCUUAACUCCCUUAGCCAAUAAAAUAUAAAUCCAAUGUAUGUUAAACUUCUAAAACUUGAUUUCUUUUUAGCAUUUAAUACUUGUGCUAAGCGUUUAGCAUUUAAUAAUUGAACUAAGACCUGCAGAUUGAAAACAAUGAGUCCAAAAUAUUUGAAAAUCACUACUCUGGAUUUGCUAUGGUGUACAGACUUGGCCUGUAGAAGUAGAAUGCUCAACCACAGUAUUCUGAGCUCAUCCACUUCAUUUUGUUUAACAUCAUGGACUUGAUUUUAAAAAGUAAGAUAAUUCUUAAAAUGUGAAUAGUUGUUCUAGCUGGUGAUAGCAUGUAGAAGUUUUAAACAUAAUUUUUUCUCGUGAUUUAGGCUAUUUUUCUAUCAUUUGAAGUUCCACAACACACAGGAGGGGAAAGCUGCAAUUCAUAUUAAAGCUCUUUGACUUUCAUUCUUCCCUGGAUUUGGUUGUUUUUAAGGUGUGUAAUUUAUUUAGUGUUUGUUUUCUGUCAGUUUCUAAGAAAGUGGACUAAUACUUUAGAAAAGCACAAAUACAAAUGUUUCAGAAGUGAUUAAUAAAAGUUAAUAGGGAGGAAAUAUUAACAAACACCUAUGUCAGUGUUUCAGGCAAAUGAAGUAAGUUGCCUACAAUUUAAUUUCAACAGUAAUUAAUAAGCAAAGGGUUGUAGGAAACUAACUGUAUCUUUGCUUUCAAUCACAGAGAUGAGGAUGGAGCUUUGUUGGACUUCAAAAGUGGGUUUUCUUCUAGAGAGGAAUAUAAAGACUUAAUUACCAAGCAAAGCCACAUCUAAAAGUUUUUUCUCCAAAAGUUUAUAGAGAUACCUGAAUUGAUAGCUGAAGCAGAUAUUUGUAACUAACAUGCAUUGCCUGACUUGCUAUUUUAUGUUUUGUCCAGUUUGAGCUAUAAGAACCUUGGUAGUUCAUCUUUCUGUGGGACAGUGACCCACUUAGUAGUACUGCAGUAUUUUGUUUUGUGCACUGCAAAGGAUCCUUUGAAUUCAAACUUACACUUCUAAAUACUAAUUGCAAAGCUAUCCUGAUAGGUAUUUUUAAAUCUUUUUUGUUGUUGUGGGUUUUUUACACAGUGUAUUUCACUGUAAACUACUCUUUCUGUUGAAAACUAGUAGGUUGGGUAUAUUAUUUCAGUGUUAUUGGCAUACCUGGUCUCUGUGGUCUUCAGUCGUCAGAUGCAAUUAAUUGCCAGAGUAUUCAACUUUAUUUCAUACCUUAACCAUUCAGGUGACAUCCACAUUUGUGGUUCCUCAGCUUAUUUUUGUUCUGCCUUACAAUCUAAUAGGAGCUGUAAAGUUAACGUGGCUUUCAUAGCUGCCAUUUGGAGACUAUUUUCAUAUCAUGAUCUCUGUCAGAAUGCUCUAUCUGAUACUUCGUCUUCCCUAAUAGGAAUUUUUUCCAUUUAGUUCUAGUUGUCUCUUGCCACUAUGAUUUCCUACUUCUCUGUUGAUUCUGUUACUUAUACACUGCUCUGUCAAAUUUAUACGGCACUAGUUUUUUAACCUUUUUUCUAUAAAUGGAUACCAUCAUUUGUAUAAUAAAUUACUAUCUUUAACACUGUGGCAGUCAGAACUGUAGAUUCCUGGGUUUUGUGAUUCCUCUUUCAGUCUCCAAGGGGCUAUCCCCACCCAACAUUCACACUUAAGAAAUGGAAAACUAUUCUUACACUUUUUAUAGAAAGUGGGUUCAUGUUUUGUUCUCAGUCAUGCACUGGACUCUGCUUCAAGACAGAACAUGCCUGGUGCUGUUUCAGUUCUUUCUUGACUGCUUCAUAAGAAUCACAUGGAUUUUGCUAAGUGCAUGAAGCAUAAUGAAAGGUGGGGAGUGAACACAUCCAAUAUGCCUACUGCACAAAUAAAGUCUUCUGCAUUAUCUGAUAGUGUAAAUAUCUGUGUGGACUAUAUGUCUUGGAGAGUUCAAGUUACAGGCAAGUGAUCCUUUCCCUUUUUCAGAUUGGUUUUCUUGCAUGUCUUGUACUUCUCUGGCUUGAUAGUAGAUCUUUUAAAAUGUCAUCUUUAUGUCCCAGUUCUGCAUACUUUCUUAUUUAAGUAUGUGUCCGUAUAUAUGUGUAAUAAUUUUUCCAUGUCAGAAAACCAGUUUGUUCGUUACCUUAAACCAUGUGCCUUUUUUCAUAAGUUCAGUGAGGGACUGGAAAAGCCAGGCUACAGAAGCACAAAGCAUGAGACUUCUGUGUAAAAAAAAAAAGUGCAGAGCGACCUCUGGAUGUCACUCUUCUGAUAGGAUUCCUCCUCCCGGGGCUAUGGGGAAAAAGUGCUACUAGCGGCAGCAAGGAGAAAGAAAACACUUUUCUUUUAAAAUAAAAGCUGUAGGUGAAUCUAUAUAACAAAUGUAUGUUAUCGCAAAAUAAAUUUUUCUAUUGUUUCUACAAGCUUCCUUCUAAGAAGACAGGGUUUGCUUUCUUAUGAAUUACAUUUUAUAAUUGACUACAGAAAGUAAGUCCAUACUAUGAUAGCAUUUCUCUGUUGGGAGAUGUAAAAUGAUAAACCUGAAAUGCCACAUGCAGCCUGAAACUUUCCAAGAAUGUCUUAAGCAUCAUUUCUGUUGAAAAGCUCUUUGAAGAGGUAACGGGAGGGAUCUGGAAGGCAUGUGGACCAUCUGGUUAGUAUACGCUCCAGCCAGCUUUCAUUUGUCUUGCCACGAGUUACCAAAUUGUGAUACACAGAUUGCUACAAGUACUCAAAGUAUUUCAACAUCCAGGACCUGCUGCUGCCACCACCAGUGCUAGCACCUACAGCUCUGGGUGGGAGUUGGUAAAAAAAGAGAAAAAUGUUUGCAUGCCCCACCCAUAAGUCAAAAAGCAUUUAAUCAUGUGUGUCCAUAUAACAAUACCGUCUUAUCUGUCCUAAUCUGUUUUAAAAGGGUGCACUGCCAUGUUAUUUGUCUUCCAGCCCAUUAAAAGGAAAUGAAAAACAUGAGGGCAGAGUCACGCAAAGCUGCUGGAGCAUAGGAGAAAGUGGCCAUGGUGGGUGGCAGGUGUAAGGGCAGUAUGUAAGCAAUCCUCAUGCAUGAUAUGUGUUCUGUGUGCAAGAGCAAGAAGUCAUACAACUCCUUACUUAUGUGUCAUUUUUUACUCCUGGUUAGAAAGUGACUUCUUGCUGCUUCCACCAUGUGUCAGGCUAGUGCUGCUCAGGCAAUGAUAGGUCUUUUCCAUUGUUGAGUUACUGCUAGUUAAAAUCAGGAUCUCUUGCUCCUCAACAAAAACAUAUGCAGACAUACCACCUUAAAAACCAAAUACUUCUGUGAGCCACUGAACUAGUAAGGCCUUGUUUCAGAUGGAUAUAUAGCUAAUUGCACUAGGGGUUUCAAACAGAUCUUGCAACUUUUUAGAUGGGGAAGGAUUCACGACUGUGUUUCUCCUGGAAAGACUUUCUGGUAUGUAAUAAAGGUUAAUUUUUAGACAGCUAGAAAUCAUGCUCAUGUGCUAUUGAUGUUAGCUUUACUUUUUCUUCUAUCCAGCUACCUGUAUUAAUACAUCUUGUAAUUAUUUAACCACUGCCUUUUUGUCAAAAUUUGGUUGAUAUUUGCCUAAGGAUUCAAAACAGAAUCUCUGUACUGUGUGUGCACAUUCUCCAUGUUUACAUAAGCAUCAUUUCUUAUACAAGAAAACAGGCUUACCAAGUAA